UGCAGAGAGAGAGAGAGAGAGAAUGAAACUCUUGAGCUUUAGAGAGAGAAAGUCUCUCUCCGUUAUUAGCAUCUUGACACACAGAGUCUCGGCGGGUGCUUUGAUUGUCUAAAGGGGUUUUAUUCCUCACUGGUUUUUUCAAGUCGAGAUUGUGGCACAUAUAAAAAAAUAGAUCAAAUGCCAUCAUUCAAAAUGAAGACCAACCUAAACAUGAGUUCUAUAAGAGAAACAAAUUGUCUUAGUGUGUGUCAAAAGUCAAAUGUAAUAUCCAAAAAAUCAUACUCCCAUGUCUCAGUUUCUCAACAACCUGCAGAGUUCGACAAGUGUGUUCAGAAAUGUCAGGAUGGCUGUGUUGCUUCGAGUAUGGAAAUAUACACACAGGAGGGGGACAUUAAAAAUAAUGAAGCUGUUGAUCUGCAAGACUUGCCCCGUGAUGGUAAUUCUCAGUUUCUGAAGCAGCUACCAAUCUCUGUAGAUUCUGGCACAACUGGGGAUAUUGAAUCCAUUUAUAACUUUGCAUCAAACUUGGAGACAAUUUUUUCUCCUGUUCUGGAGCCCAUUGAAGUCCUCAGUGUGCCAAAUAUUGAUGAUGGUGCAGGGAAUAACAACGAUCUUUACGUGCCGGGUUUGGGUCCUGAUGAUAGUGAUUAUAAUAAAAGUUCAUGUGAUUAUCAAACUUGCAACAUAUCGGAUUUCUUUAUUUCCGACAUGAUUAUUGCUAGCUUACCAUUUGGUGAGAGUGCUGUUGUCAAUGAUUUCACCGAUGCGAAUCCUUUUCUUGAUUACAAGUGCGCUGAGCCAAGUAUGUUGUUUGAUGUGGCUGAGGAGUGCAUGAUACUACCUUUUCUCAAGGAUACUGCCAAAGUGAGCGACUCCAAUGAUAUGAAAUCAAGUGAAGAAGCCAUGAUAGAUUCAGAUAACAGUGGUUUGUAUCUAGCAAUUAAUCAGAUAAGAUCUUGUGACCAGGAAUCUGAUCUAAUCACUGACUCAGACCAAGCAGAAGACUUUGAUCCUCAGUUCUUUAUCAGAAAUUUGCCGGAAUUAUCUGAUGUGGUUUCAAAUUUCCGGCCCUCUAUCAGCCCAAAGGAGCCUUGCAGAAGAAAGUCCAUAACCCUGGUGCUUGAUUUGGAUGAAACACUUGUCCACUCAACAUUGGAACAUUGCGAUGAUGCGGAUUUCACCUUUACUGUGUUUUUCAAUAUGAAAGAGCACACAGUGUAUGUAAAACAGAGGCCUCACGUCCACACUUUCUUGGAGAGAGUUGCAGAGAUGUUUGAAGUUGUUAUCUUCACAGCUAGCCAGAGCAUCUAUGCAGCACAGCUUUUGGACAUGCUGGAUCCUGAUAGAAAGCUUAUAUCUCGGCGGAUUUAUCGUGAAUCGUGCAUUUUUUCAGAUGGAAGUUACACAAAAGAUUUGACAGUUUUAGGUGUUGAUCUUGCCAAAGUUGCUAUAAUUGAUAAUUCUCCACAGGUUUUCAGGUUGCAAGUAAAUAAUGGGAUUCCUAUUAAGAGCUGGUUUAGUGAUUCAUCAGAUUGCGCGCUAAUUUCAUUACUACCCUUCUUAGAGACCCUGGUCAAUGCUGAUGAUGUCCGGCCCAUCAUUGCAAAGAGAUUUGGUCUUGAUGAUUGGACUUACUCUCUUUCCUCUAACCUUUGAUGUGCUCCAUCCGAAGUUAGUGUGUGCUUCGAGAGGGGGUAGUUGCUAAGACAGGAUGAUUGUGGGCAGGCUGUCUGCAAGUACUUACACCAUCAACCAUAAAAGUGACUUAUUAAAUGUUUCUCCUCAAUGUUUACAUAUUGCUUAGUUGCAAUACAUAACAGUGCUUCCUUCAUAAUGAUAUUUCUUUCUUUGAUAAUAUGUAUCUUGCUUUCUCACAAGAUCCCUUCUGUACAAUUUCCUCGAGAGAUGAAAAUAGCUAGAAAAAGUGUGAUUGAGCACAACUAUGUGAUUUCUGUAAGUGUCUAGUUCUGGAUUCAUUAAAUUCGGAGGAACUGAUAUUAUCUGUGGGUAUUCAAUUCAAUUGCAUGCCUUAUUAGUAAGAAUCCCCCGAGUUUGCAUUUUGAGAUCCCGAGACCAUGAGUGUAAAUGGAUCUGGAGUUAGUGCUAUGCAUUUGAGUCUGAAAUAUGAUAUGCAAGGGUGGAUUAUGUAGAUACAUCCAAAUCUGAUUAGGGUGAGGUCCUUUUGAAGGGCAUUUAGCAGAUUGCUAAAAGAAAAUGGGUUUGAAAUGCUCCUUCAUCCAUGGUUGUGGGAAGAAAAUGGUGACGACACGUCUGCAAUCCAAAAAGUACCUCAGUGCCUGUCAUAGUAACAUCUGCUGAAUCAUAAGAUCUUUUCUCUUUUGUAAUUUUGCAUACCUUAUCUGCAGGUCAUUUGAGGAACAUACUAGAUUAUCUGCUAAUGGAAAGUAUAGGUACGUCGGGUUAUUUUGCUAUUUUUUCCCGUCACUUUGUAGAUACUGAAAUUUGACAGAAUGGACUGUGCUGACAAUUCUCACUAUGAAUUUACUAAGCAAUGUUAAGAUCAGAAUGUGUUGUAUAAUCUUGUAUAAGAUUUUUUCCCCCUGGUUUGUAUCCUUACAAUGCCUGGUCAGAUUUGUCUGUUCUUAAACCAAUGACUGAUCCUUAUGUAAACAAGUAAAGAGCAUCCAAUUGGUGUAAUGCUGCUGUACCAAUAGUUAUUUCUCUGAUAUUUGUGGAAGGGCAGAAAAUGUACUAACUUCUGUUCAGUUUCA